AUGUGCUUGUUGAAGAAAUCAAGGUUAGUCUUGGUCCGCUUGUUGAAUUAUUUAAUGGAAAUUGAAAUUAAAGACUCAUGCAACAUGACUCAAAUCAGCAGUAAAAUAUCUUGCACCACCUCUCGUGCUGAAGAUUAUCUUGUUGUUGAUUUAAGCACCAACUCUCGUGUUGGAGAUGAUACUGUUGUCGAUCUAAGCACAAACUCUCGUGUCGGAGAUGAUCUUAUUGUCGAUCUAGGCACCAACUCUCGUGUUGGAGAUGGUCUUGUUGUUGAUCUAGGAAGCAAAUCUCAUGUUGGAGAUGAUCUUGUUGUCAAUCUAGGCAUCAACACUCGUGUCUGA